AUGGCAACUACCAGUUUUCCAUCUGUUUUGUUUUACUUUUGCAUGUUCCUCUUGUGCCAUGGAUCUAUGGCUCAGCUAUUCGGACAGAGCUUUACUUUGUGGCAAAGCUCUAGACAAGGAGGUUCGAGAGGGUGCAAAUUUGAUAAGCUGCAAGCAUUUGAACCACUACAGAAAGUGCGGUCGGAAGCUAGUGUCACCGAGUAUUUUGAUGAGCAUAAUGAACAGUUUCGUUGUACUGGUGUAUCCGUCAUCCGUCGUGUUAUUGAGCCUCGAGGCCUCUUGCUGCCUCAAUACCACAAUGCUCAUGCCUUGGUGUACAUCCUUCAAGGUAAGGGCGUUAUAGGGUUGAAUUUCCCUGGAUGCCCAGCGACCUUCCAACAAGAGUUUCAACCGUUUGGUCAAGGGCAGUUUUCCCAGGAUCAAACUCGAAGCCAGAAGUUUACGGAUGAGCACCAGAGAGUUCAUAGCUUCAAACAAGGAGAUGUUGUUGCUCUGCCCGCUGGUAUUGUACAUUGGAGCUACAAUGAUGGUGAUGCACCUAUUGUAGCUGUUUAUGUCUUUGACGUAAACAACAAUGCUAAUCAACUUGAACCUAUACAAAAGGAAUUCUUGUUGGCUGGGAACAAUAAUAGAGGGCAACAGUCCGAACAAAACAUAUUCAAUGGAUUCAGCAUUCAAAUUCUUAGUGAAGCCCUCGGUAUCAGUCAACAAGCAGCACAAAGGAUUCAGAAUCAAAAUGAUCAAAGAGGUGAGAUAAUUCGUGUGCGUCAAGGCCUUCAAUUCUUGAAGCCCAUUGUGUCCCAACAAGGCAAAAGUUUCAAUGGUCUUGAGGAGAAUGUUUGCUCAUUAAAGGCAACGCUAAACGUCGAAAGCCCCCAAAGUGCCGACACGUAUAACCCACGUGCUGGCAGGAUAACACGUGUCAACGGCAAUAAUUUCCCCAUCCUUAACAUUGUGCAAAUGAGUGCUACAAGAGUAAAUCUAUAUCAGAAUGCUAUUCUUUCACCAUUCUGGAACAUUAAUGCACACAGCGUCGUGUACAUGAUCCAAGGACAUGCUCGGGUUCAGGUCGUCAAUAACCAUGGUCAGACUGUAUUCAAUGACCGCCUUCGCCAAGGGCAGCUGCUAAUCAUACCACAACACUUUGUUGUCCUCAAAAAGGCAGAGCGUGAAGGAUGCCAAUAUAUAUCAUUCAACACCAACGCGAACUCGAUGGUUAGUCACGUCGCGGGAAAGAACUCCAUCUUGAGCGCCUUGCCUGUUGAUGUGCUUGCGAAUGCAUACCGUAUUUCCAGGCAGGAUGCCCGAAACCUCAAAAACAAUAGGGGAGAAGAGUUGGGUGCAUUCACUCCUAAAGGGGCCAGCUCCCAGGCUUCCGGAGAGGAGGAUGAGGUGUCGGGUCGUCGUCUCGUCGAUAAGUAA